CUUACAAUGGAAAAAAAAUAAAAAUGUGAAAAUGUGGAUUUUACUACAAAAUAAAGACAAAGCCAGUUUGAUAAAUAAGUCUUUUAUCAUCUUCUCAAUGAGAUGCUCUUUGUUCCAGCACAACCAUAUAUACAGCAUCAUACAUGGAAGACAGUAACCAAACAAUGGUGGCCUUCUUCAUUAUUAAGGGAAUUUCCAGUCUUCCAAAGUUGCAGUUUCUGAUUUUCCUUCUGGUUCUUCUCAUUUAUCUCUUCACUCUUGGGGGAAACAUGACCAUUCUUUUGCUGGUCUGCAUAGACCAUCACCUUCACACUCCUAUGUACUUCUUCUUGGCUAACUUGUCCAUCUUGGACAUUUCUUCCAGCACCAUCAGUCUACAUAAGAUCCUGGAAGCCAAUAUAACAGGAAAUAACUAUGUUUCUUUCCUUUGUUGCAUAAUACAGUUCUACAUAUUUUCUUGCUUGGCUUGCAAUCAGUUGUUGAUCUUGACGGCCAUGAGUUACGAUCGUUACGUUGCCAUUUGCAGACCUUUACAAUACCCUAUCAUCAUGAACUCUAAAGUGUGUGGUCUAUUAGCCAUGGCCUGUUGGGUUACUUCCUUCAUAGAAGUAAUACCAUACGUUGCAUUGUUAUCCACAUUCACAUGUUAUAAAUCCAACAUCAUCAAUCACUUCUUCUGUGAUCUUGUGCCUCUUCUAAGUCUUUCCUGCAGUGACACCUCCACCUUGAAGCUCCUGAGCCUUAUUGAAGGACUGUUACUUUUAACCCUUGCACCUUUUGUUCUUACCUUUACUCCAUAUGUGUUCAUCAUAUCCUCCAUACUGAGGAUCCGCUCUAACAUUGGGAGACGUAAAGCCUUCUACACAUGUUCCUCCCACCUUACCGUUGUUAUCCUUCUCUAUGUGACCCUGGUUUGUCAAUACCUUAGACCGACCACAGCAGACUCUUUAGAGUCCAAUAAGUUGUUCUCUCUCUUUAACACAGCUGCUGUCCCCAUGCUUAACCCACUGAUCUACAGCUUAAAAAACAGAGACGUGAAAUCAUCAUUAAGAAGGAGACUAAAACUAGCAAAAUAUCAGUGAUAAAUGAAUUAUUUUUAUUAUUUUUUAACUGAAACUAUUCCCAGAUUGUAGUUGCACUGUGAAAGAUAAAUAUCAAGGCCUGCCUGAAAAUGCUGAAUUUUGAUGCUCGCAAUGUGACAUCUUCUCUAAUGAUUGUCAAUUGAGUCACAAUGCAACCUGCAACUUUGGCAGGUGCUGCGUUGCAACCAGCAAACUGACAUAAUAUUCCCAAAAAAUGCAACCCUGCCAAGGGUGAGGAUGAGGAUGAACUGUGAACGCUUUGCAAUGAAGCUAUUAAUCCCUGAAUCUAAAAUCAGACUAUUUUCAAGAUCAUCGUAACUUUGAGAGUCUGGGCUCCCUGAUCAGAAUUUUAUGAACAGUCCUAUUGGCCUUUGAUUUCUAAUAAAGUGAAUUUUGCCUAUGCUGGGUCUGAGAAACUGUUCAAUUUCCUUAAAAUAUAAAUCAUGUAGCUGCAUGCAGUAGAUGGAGUCAAGAUCCAGGUUUUUUCACGAUGGCUGAAGUCCUGUGCCCACAGUAGAGCUUGGAAUCUGGUAGAGGAUCAGGCAACCGGAGCUCACCUAUCGGGCAGUGUGGGAUACGACCAUGUACCACCGUAUCUCCAUUGACUAUAGUAGGAUCCAGCAGUGACCUGGCUGCUUUACCAGCAUAAAUGACAAGUUUUUCCCGGGCAAAAACCAUUGCAUGUUACUAUUUUUAAUCCAGCCGACAUCAUUUGUGCCACAGAGGUGAACCCGGCCUAAUGCAAUUGGGUAAAAAUAUGCAGAAUAACAUGUAUGGAUGGAUGAGUUAACUGCACCUGUCAACAUAGAUGGAUGGCAUGCAGUGUAACCCUUUAAUGACAAGAACUGAAAAGGUCCCGGUGACCAGAUACUUUUUCACGCACGUAACUUUUUAUUUGUUGGACUACCAAAACAAUUUUUAUGAUUUUUUUUAUGUGACGCCAAAGGCUUUCUAUUAAUCUGUUUCUUACAGUGUUUUUUCAAACUGACACUAAAAUAAAUUAUUGAAAUGGUUUCCACAAUUUUUGUUGGUCAUUUUAAUAUGUCAUUUGCCAUGGCCAAGUUUACAUGCACUGCCGCAGCCAAUGACUGGCCUGAUGUGUCCCCAAGUGAUACAUUACUGCUGGCUCAUGUGCCAAUUGGGUACACGUCACCACUGAGGCCUGUUAUUAGCUGCAACAUCACAUGUGACUCCAUCCCUUGGCCGACAAGACACAAGACUAGGACUGGAAACUUGCCAAGCACAGUCAAGGUGCAGGACAGAAGAGGUGGGGAUCAGGUGAGCAUGAUUCUUUCAUUGGGUCAAACAUUCUAGGGAGCUAACUAAAUACUGAGGAAAUCCUGGAAAACCUCUUUAGGCCUCAUGCACACGACCGUUGUGUGCAUCCGUGGCCGUUGUGCCGUUUUCCGUUUUUUUUCACGGACC